AUGCUCCUGGGCCGAGCUGUGCGACUGAAGAUUCUUGAGAGAAUCAAAGCUGCCAGGUUCUUUGCCGUUAUGGCGGAUGAAACAAGAGACAUAUCAAACAAAGAACAAGUUGUCAUAUGUAUCCGUCGGGUGGAGAAUGAUUUCAGUGUCCAUGAGGAUGCUAUUGGCCUAUAUGUGGUUCCUUCCACAACAUCAGCAACACUAACAGAAGUACUAAAAGACACACUUAUCCAUUGUGACUUACCACUAUCGAAUUGCCGAGGUCAAGGCUAUGAUGGUAAUUUUCAAGGCCAUGUCAAUGGAGUUGCUGUCCAACUGCAAAGAGAAGAACCACGAGCAGUUCAUGUCCAUUGCCUCGCCCACUGUAUCAACUUGGCUUUGCAGGAAGCCACUAGAGCAUGCAAACCUCUCAGGGAUGCUCUUGACAUCACAAUUGAAGUGAACAAGCUCAUUAAAUAUUCUCCAAAACGAGAACACCUAUUCAAGAAUCUUCAAAAAGCUCCAUCCAUUGAGAAGCGUCUUGACAUGGAUGUGCCUCAAACUGAAAGAACUCGUGGCUUACGACCUCUGUGUCCAACACGUUGGACAGUUAGAACAGGAUCUAUCAACUCUGUUUUGGAGAACUUUGAUACUCUUCGAAAAGCAUUUGAAGAAAUCAAUAAGGGUCACGAUGAGUAUGCCAGGAUUGCAGGUGGUUUACUUUCACAGUUUGACCAGUUUAGUCUGUAUUUUGGGCUGAAAGUUUCUUCCCAAAUUUUUGCUGCACCAGAGCAAUUGUCUUCCUCCAUUCAAAGCGUAGAAACAACGGCGAUGGACGCACAAAAGGGAGCAGAGCAAGUACUGGCGUAUUAUGAUAAGCUGAGGAGUACAGAUACUUUUUCAGAGUUCUACAAGUCUGUUGUUGAUGAAGCUGAAGACAAAACUGAUCCUCCACGUCUACCACGCUACCGGAAGAGGCCUAAGAGAUUGGAUGAUGGAUCUAAUACUCACACGUUUCCUUCUAAAAGAGAGGGUGUGGAUCCUCAUGAGAAGGACGAGGAGGCCUAA